GGCUCCAACUGCCCCUGGCCUCGGCGGGCAGCGGGAGCGGCCUGGACGGCGGGCGCGUUGCGCGGAUCCGCGGUCACUCACCGCCCCCCGCCUUCUCCGCCUUUCCCCCGCUGUCCUGACAGCCGGGGAAGGAGAAACGCGGCAGAGCCGAUCGGCAUCGAGAAAUGCCUGGGAAAGCUUGGCGCUCUGGUUCCGGCUGUGUGCUGGUGUUUUGGGAGCGGUUUUCUGGGCAGGCCCCGCGCCCCUGAGCGCUGUUUGUUCCCUGGGCAGGUCUCGGUGCUGUAUUUCGCCAGGAGCGCGGAGCUGGCGGGGCUGCGCUCUGAGACCCUCUCGGUGCCACGGGAGAUCACCUCUCUGCAGCUCUGGGAGGAGAUCGUCAAGGUCCACCCCAGGCUUGCUGUCAUCCGGGAUCAAGUGGUAUUUGCUGUUCGGCAGGAGUACGUGCUUCUUGGAGAUCAGCUGCUGGUCCUGCAGCCUGGAGACGAGGUUGCCAUCAUCCCACCAAUUAGUGGAGGCUGAACCUGCCCUGGUUCUAUUAGGUCCGAAGAUGUGAUUGCAAUUCUCUCCUGCCACCCCAGUACUCAUUUGAGAGAGCCCAACUUGUGUUUCUGUCUGGAGAGUGCAGUUGUGCUGAGCAGAAACUAUAUGCCAGUGCACCAGUAAAUGAUUAACAUGUAUGCAGUAAAUGGAGGACACUUGCCAGAGAGUGCGAUAUGGAAGAAAGUGAAGAUGUGC